AUGGCAGGAGUAGUUCGAGGUCAAUUGAGCCUAUGUCUCUUGUCAUUGUUGGCCUCAGCACAUGGAGAGCCAUUGUCCUUCCAAACGCCGUCUGGGUAUAGCACUGCGAGCUUCAAUGCGUCUGCACAGCCAACUGCUGCCAUAAACCGGACGGAUUUCUCAGAUACAGCACUCAAUGCUCUCUGGAAUCUCGUGGGGCCCAUCGCCACAGGCCCGGUCACGACGACCGUCGAGCCUACGCCCGAACCAUCAGUCUUCCCUCAGCCGGUGGGCGAGGAGUUCCAUCCUCUCGUCGCCUCCCACGACCCCAGUCUCCGCGACCUGAAGCUCCCUGAGGGCUUCCAAUGGGGAGUCUCGAGCAGUUCGUACCAGAUUGAAGGCGCCGCCAAAGACGAAGGCAAGGGUCCCAGCAUCUGGGACUUGCUAAGUCACCGUGUCCCCAAUUGGGUUGCGGACAACAGUACAGGUGACGUCGUGGGGAGUCACUACUGGCUGUACAAGCAGGACGUACAGCGUCUCAAGGCCCUGGGCAUCAAACGUUUCAGCCCGAGUCUCUCAUGGCCUCGCUUCUUCCCCUUCGGACGCGGUCCCGUGAAUGAAGAAGGCGUCAAGCACUACGACGACGUCAUAUCCGAGCUGGUGAGCAACGAUAUCCACCCCAGCAUCACCAUCUUCCAUUGGGACACCCCGCUCGCGCUGUUCACCGACUACGGCGCAUGGGGCGAUCGCAGGAUCGUCGACGACUUCGUCAACUACGCCAAAUUCGUCAUCACGCGGUACGACGAGUACGUCGAGGAGUGGUUCACGAUCAACGAGCCGCAGUGGUGCAACUGGCAGUACUCGCUCUACCCGGCCGGCGACCACUAUCCCGCGUUCAACGACAUCGGCGCCGGAAACCGCGCGAGGUUCCUGUGCGGACAUCACACGCUGCUUGCGCAUGCGAAGGUCGCGAAGUGGUACCAUGAGGAGUUCAAGGGGAAGGGAAGGAUUACGUUUAAGAAUUCGGGGAAUUACUACGAGGGGAACACGACGAGUGAGGCGGAUAAGGAGGCUGCGCAGAGGAACUUUGACUUCGCGAUUGGGUGGUUCGGUGGGCCGUGGACGGAUGGCGAUUAUCCGCAGAGCUUGAAGGAUACUCUGGGGGAUAUAUUGCCUGAGUUUACGGAGGAGGAGAAGGAGUUGAUCAAAGGGUCUUGUGAUUUUUAUGCCAUUGAUGGAUACACAUCAUUCGUUGCCUGGGAAGUCGAUGGUGGUGUCGAGAAUUGUGCGAGCAAUCGCUCCCACCCGAGCUACCCCGAAUGCGCCAGUUCAGCCUCGAAGGCAUCUAAUGGAUUUCCUCUGGGCCCAGCUGGCGACCCCGGCGUCUCAUGGCUCUACAACACACCUGUCGGCCUGCGAAGGUUCCUCAAGCACCUGACGACGGUGCUCUUCCCAAGCAUCCCAGACAUCGUGGUGACCGAGUUCGGCUUCGCAGAGCCAUUCGAAGGGCUCCUCACAGACAAGAACCAGAUACUGUGGGAUCUCCGACGAGCGGACUACUUCCAGAGCUACCUCGACAACAUACUCGCGAGCAUCCACUACGACAAGGUGAAUGUGACCGGUGCGUGGGGUUGGGCAAUCAUGGACAAUUUCGAAUGGCUAGCCGGUAACGAGGUCAGGUUUGGGUUGCAGUAUGUGAAUUAUACAGAUCUGACGAGGACGCCGAAAGCGACGUUCGUCCUGGCAGACGACAACCCCCCAAAUCCUUUAAAUCCCCCUGCCCCCGUCACUUCCGCCCACCCAACCAUCCCGAUACCCCCAGCUUCUACUUCCCAAGACUUCUUUGCCCCAACCUCAACGACUUCAUCUUCACACCAACCCACCGAACCCGCUCCUACGAAUUCACCGAUUCCUGAACCUACCUCUAUCGCCGAGGAUUCUCGUGCGAAGCGAAGACGCAGCCUCUCUGGAUCCGACGACGAUUCAGAGAGCCUUCCAUCCCAACCAACUCGAGGCCGGACCUCCCGUCCUCUCUCCAAGCGAAGGCGCAGAACAGAAGAGACCAUGCGCCUGGACAACGAUGCUUCAAAUCCAUCAUCAUCACCCUCGCGGAAACACACAAACGGCUCCUCCCGCUCCCCAGGCCCGAGAGCGUCGCUUGCCAAGGUUGCUAACGGCGAUACACAUGGUAAAUCCGAGACCAACGGGGCUUCGCACUCGAAUGGAGCAACACUAUCAAAAGAAUACUUUGGCCAUGACAGGGAGGAGGUGACAAGGAUAUUGAUCCAAAGCUUGACCGACCUGGGUUACAGCGAUGCGGCAGGGGCGUUGUGUAAGGAGAGCGGAUAUCAGCUCGAGGGACCGACAGUGGCGUCUUUUCGCAGUGCCGUACUUAAGGGCGACUGGGCUGUCGCAGAAGAGCUUCUGUUUGGAACGAGUACCUAUGACCACGGGGGCGGUAUCGGUUUGGACGGAACCGGUCCCUACGGCAAAUCCUGGUCCAAGUCAGCAUCUUCGUCGUCUAAGAUACGUCGAACCGGUGGCUUGUCUCUUGCCGAAGGCGCAAAUCGAGAGGAAUUGCUCUUCUGGAUGAAGCAACAGAAAUAUCUUGAAUUAUUGGAACGACGAGAAUUAGGAGAGGCCCUGAUGGUUUUGCGGCAGGAGCUGGCGCCGCUUCGACAAGACGUUAAUAGAUUACAUGCUCUCUCGAGCUUCAUGAUGUGUCAAUCCGCUGAAGAUCUCAAGAGUCAGGCUCAAUGGGACGGUGCCCAAGGCGAGUCGCGACAGAUAUUACUCUCAGAAGUCUCCAAAUCAAUAUCCCCGAGCAUCAUGAUUCCGCCACAUCGAUUAGCAUGUCUAUUAGACGAUGUCAAACAGAGUUGGAUAGCGGGGUGCCUCUACCACAAUACCGCCACCUCUCCAUCACUUUAUGUGGAUCAUAUGUGCGACCGCAAUGAUUUCCCUAUGAAGGCUGUGCAGGAACUGCGACAUCACAAAGACGAGGUCUGGUAUCUCAAGUACUCACACGACGGCACGAAGCUUGCUUCAGCAAGCAAAGACAACACUCUCGUCAUUUACGAAACAGUCACAUAUAAGCCAAUCCUCUUCCUCACGGAACAUCAAGCUGGCGUGACCCAUUUGGCUUGGAGUCCGGACGAUUCCAAAAUCAUCUCUUGCUGUGCACAAGAUGAAUGUUCGGCGAGAAUUUGGGACACGAAGACCGGACGCUGCUUAGUCAGUAUCAAUGACUUCACGUAUCCAUGCACAACUGCAGCAUGGGCUCCAGAUGGCAGAAAGGUCGUCAUAGGCUCGCAGGAUAACAAAUGUGGAUUGGGUGUUUGGAGCGCCGACGGUGCACUCAUUCACAAAUGGUCCGAGAACAAACUUCGCGUGCACGAUCUCGCUGUUUCCCCAGAUGGCCAUCGUCUCGUAGUCCUCCUCGAAAGCCGCAUACUGGUUUACGAUUUCGUCACAUAUGAGAAAAUCUGCGAAUGGCCACUGGAAAACAAUAUCAAGCUUACUUCUGUUAACAUAAGCCAAGACUCACAGCACAUGCUCAUCAGUAUGAAUGAGAAUAAGAUCGAAUUGACAGAAAUCGACACGGGAGAGAUUGUGCAGCGGUACUCUGGGCAUUUACAGACCGAGUUCAUCAUCCGCUCUGAUUUUGGCGGUGCAAACGAGAAUUUUAUAAUAAGUGGCAGCGAAAAUUCUCGCAUCUUCAUCUGGAAGAUAAAUGGCCAGCUCGUCGAGUCUCUUGAUGGGCACACGUCCGGCUGCGUCAACGCGGUCGCAUGGCAUCCAAAGGACCCUCGAGUCUUUGCUUCAGCUGGCGACGACAAGACGGUUCGGAUAUGGAAACCAUCGCCACAGAACUAUCCGAGUGGCUCUUCAAACGGUUACACUCGUUAG